AUGAAAGCAAUUUGGUAUUGGAAUGAUAGCAUAAAUCCUUUUGAUACUAAAAAGGAAUCAUGGACAGAAUAUAAGAAUUUACAAAAUGAAAUGAUAGAGCAUGCAUAUUAAUAAAAUAAGUCUUAAAUUAAUCUUGGAGAGUAUACUAUUUACUUUAAAGAUCUAAUUUAAUAUAAUAAUUAGAAUAACUAUAAACAAAGGCCAAUUAAGAGAGUUCUCAUUUUUAAAGCACAAAAUUCAGAUAGAGACGAUAGAUUUUCAUUCCAUACAAAUAAACCUUAGACAUUUGGAGUUUUAAGUUUUGAUUCCUAUGGGGAAUUCGUUACUGUCUUGAGAAAAGAAGAAUUUGAAUCAUUUGAAAAAUUAGAAUUCAAUUCUCAACUUAUAGAAAAAGCUGGAUAAGUAAUUUUGCAAUUAGGGAACAUUUUAUCAAUUGAGCGAAAUGAUAAAAAAUAUUAAGUUGAAGCAACAUAUUUAGCUAACUUAUUAUUUUAGAAACAAAAUUCAUCAAAGGAGUAAAUAGCUAAAACAACCAUAAAUAUUUACACUAAAGAAUCAUUUCUUUAUAAAGAAAUAAAUAGAGCACUUAGAGAAGCUGAUAAAAGUAGAGCAUGUGUUUCUAUUUUUGCAAAGUUGAUGAACUAUUCUCUUAAACAUUUUAUUGAUAAAAUAAAUUAUUAGCCUUAUUCAGGUUUAUUAUAUAGAGGAGUAAAUUUAACUGAUGAUCAAAAAAAAGAAUAUUUAUUGACUUUUAAAGGAAAGCAUCCUUUAUAAAUAAAACAUGGCAAUAUUUCAAGUUGUUAUUUUAUAUGGUAGGGUUAUACAUCAGCAUCUAAGGAUAGAGCUUUUGUAGAUAAAAAUGAUUAUAAUACAUUAUUUAUAAUCAACGUCUAAUAACCCAACCAUAAUUUAGUGGAAAUAGAAGACCUAUCAGAAUAUCCGGAUGAGAAAGAAGUAUUGAGUUUACCAGGUAUUCGGUAUAAAAUAGCAGAUAUUAAAAAAAAUAAAAAAAAUAAUAAAUUGAUAAUAUAUCUAGAUCAAAUGGAAUAAUAUCAACAUUUUUAUCCAAUUGAUCAAAAAUAAUUAUUAAACUAUUGA